AUGUGUCAACUCAAGGAAGUCAGGUAUGAAAAAGUAAGGAUGAAUUGCUCAACUGGGUACGUGAAGUUGGAAAGAGAAAUGGUUUGGUCAUUAUAUCGUCUUCCUCUUCUUGAAAUUGUGGGAGUGACAUCAACUGAAAUGACAUUUUCUGUAGCUUUUGCAUACUUACACUAUAAGAGGGUCAAUAACUAUGCGUGGGUGUUAGCUACAUUGCAUGAUGUCAUGGAUGGUUUUGUUGUGCCAACAAUUAUUGUUACUGACAGAGAGCUAGCCUUGAUGAAUUCCAUACAGAAGACAUUCCCGAGUGCCAGACAUUUAUUAUGUCGUUGGCAUAUCAGUAAGAAUGUAUUGACCAAAUGCAAAAAAAUGUUUGAGACACAACAGAAAUGGGAGAAGUUCAACCAUGAGUGGAACUCUUUAGUGUAUUCAUCUUCUGAAAUUCAAUACGAUGAGUGUCUUAAAUCAUUACUUAAGGAAUUCAGUAGUUAUCCUGAUGCAGUCAAAUACAUCAUGGAUACUUGGUUGGUUCCUAACAAGGACAAAUUUGUGGCGGCAUGGACAGAUACGUGUAUGCAUUGUGGCAAUGUUACAAUGAACCGGGAGCUACGAGGUAAUGUGUCUAUCUCUACAUUGGAGUAUUUGCUUGUAGAGAGUAAGAGAGCCAAUUCCAUUGGUAUUGAUGUUGAAGCUUGUGGAUGCGUCAUUCACCACACUCAUGGUUUACCUUGUGCCCAUGAGAUUGCUGACUACAUUAGACAAGAUCAUCCUAUACCACUUGCUACCAUACCCUCACAGUGGAGGCAACUUCAUAUCUCCAUAUGCAAGAAAGAAAAGGAAACGGAGGUGAGUUGUCAUGCAGAAGUAGAGUCGUUUGUGAACAAGUUGAAUGAAAGUGAUAGAACCAUGCGGUUGGAGCUUUUAAAGAAGUUGAAAGAGAUUGUAUAUACGGGAAGCACUUUUCUUGUUGAGCCGGAGGUGAAGCCCAAAACACGUCCUCGGGAUCAUAAGAAGAUCAAUGUUUCUACCCGUCGUGACCCGUGUGCAUUUGAGUUGGUGCAAUCUAGACAUGAUUCCUUCUCACCUAGGGACACUCAAAUCACUACAUUAGCUUCUACUCUGCAAACCAAGAAGAAGCGACCUGUUAAAGAAAAUGAGAAGGUGAAUCCAAAAGGGAAGGUAUACAUUACUAGAACAGUGAAACCUGGUGCAUAUGUUGAUGUUUUCCCUUCUGGGUUGAAACCAUACAUUAAGUUUGUCAAGGAUGUAACUGCAGAUGGGAAUUGUGGUUUCAGGGCUAUAGCUGCUUCAAUUGGUCAUACAGAAGAUGAUUGGGCUCAAGUUAGGCGUGAUCUGUUGGGUGAGCUGCGCACACACAAAGAGGAAUACAUUACACUUUAUGGGUCCUACGAAAGUAAUGUCUCACCUUUUUACCUCUUAGAACAGUGCCAGUACCUCAACUUGAUAGACAUGAGAUUGCCAUUAGGUUUUGUUGCAGCCAGCCAUCCAGUUCCUCCUAUCGCCACUAAUUGGCGAAAAUACCGUCACCCUUGCGCUGUCGACUGGGAUGAUGCAUAUGUGCGUUGCAUUCAACAUUUCAAGGACAUUAUUCAUGAUAAUGUAGCUACUCGAGAGACAUUUGAUGUUGAUGUCGCAUGA